AUGGCCACCCCAGCGACCACCUCGACGACCUCUAGUGCCCUGACCGCCGCCGCCAGCGGCACGGCGCCCUCCUUCAGCUACGCCCAGCUGGAGGCACUGGACCCGGCCGGUUUCGGGAAGCACCCGCGCUGUUCCCGAUGUCGCAAUCACGGCAUCAGCAUCAUUCUCAAAGGCCACAAACGGAGCUGCCAGUACAAGGACUGCGAGUGCGACAAGUGCCUGCUCAUUGUGGAGCGGCAGAAGAUCAUGGCGGCGCAGAUUGCCCUCCGCCGGCAGCAGCAGAUGGAGGACGCCUUCAAGGACCAGUUCCUGAUUAGGGAGCAGCGGGAGAAGGCGGCGGCGGCCAUGGCCGCGGCGUCCGCUGCCUCGGCCGCCGCAGCGGAGGCAGCUGCCGAGACGGCCAACCGGGCGGCCCUGCUGGGCCCGCCAGCUCUGACCACCGGUGAGGAGCAGCAGGGCACGUUGAAACGGAAAGCCGAGGAUGUGUCCUCGCAGGAGGGCGAGUUUGGGUCUAGCACUGCCAACCCCUCAACUUCCACUGAAGCGGCGGCGGCAAAGCGAAAGUCGACCUCUGAGGCGCUGUUUGACGACACUGACAGCAACAGCAAGGACGGCCUCUUCUCCUCCUCGCACCAGUACUCUAGUCUGGAGCAGGACAAUGACGCCUGCUCGAUGAUGACCGACGAUGACCACUAUGGUGGUGGGGGCGGUGCCUCCUACCGCAGCAAUUCACCAGAUUCCGAUGAGGGCUCGCAAAGAGAGGCCGGCAGUAGCGGAGGAAGAAACGGCAUUGCCCACCUCACCGGCGACCAGUUUGUCGCCAAGAUUCAGGAGCUGCUGAAGAAUCUAAAGAAUCGCGGCUUCUCGCCGGUGAGCAACCUGGAGACGCAGUGUCUGCUGGCCACCAUUCUCAAUGACAACAAUGGCAAUGUCAUCGCCUCGGCCAAUAAGAUUUCCAAAU